AUGGCUGGGAAAUUUGUAGUUGGUUUCGCAAUUUUUGCCGUUGUAUUUCUGCAAUUGGCAGCAGCUGCCGAUUGGUAUACGGGCAGUGAUGGACGUAAUUAUUUAAUUGAAGGAUCGGCCAGUUACACAUGGUUCCAGGCCAUGGAUCAAUGUUCACGACGUGGCUUGCAAUUGGUGAUGAUCGAUAAUGAAGUGAAAAAUAAUGCCAUAAUUGAUUUAAUUAAAAUUCAUUUUGGAAAAUCUCGAGACUUGUGGAUCGGCCACCACGACGAAUUCAACUCCAAGAAAGAUAAAACUCGUACAUGGUACUCCGUAGCCACUGGCUCACCCAUUGCCUACAGCAAUUGGAAUAAAGGUGAACCCAACAAUUACAAAGGCAACGAGCACUGUACCGAAAUAAGUGUUAAAGCCGAUUUCAAAUGGAACGAUGAAAAAUGUGAUGAAAACUAUUAUGGAUUUAUUUGUGAGGAACACUACAAGACCACCCAGUGCCAUAAUGAUGUACAAACCAAACGUUAUGCGGCCAAUGAAAAGAAUUCCAAAUUAGCUGCCGAUUUUAGUGAAACUCAACAGAAUAUUCAAACGCAAUUAAUCGAAUCGAGAAAUGACACCGAUCAGCAAUUCGUUAAUUGGGAAAAAUCAUCUGAUGAAGUAUUUGAAAAUUUCAAAAAAUCCCUCGAUGAUUAUUUGAAAAAGAAACCCUAUUUAAUGGCCGUGGUGGCGGAUAUUGGUGAUGACAUUAAUGCAUUGGCUAUGGAGGCAAAGAAUGAAAUCGCAAAACUCACCCAGGAGACCCAACAGUCGAUUGUAACGUCCCAGCUAAAUGGAGAACAAUUGGUUAACAAUGAGACCUCGGCAUUUGCGGAGAAAAUUAAAAUCCACAAUAACGAAGUUGACAGUUUGAUGAGCUAUUAA